AUGCCACUGGAGGAACAGGAGCUCCUGCACGUCGUCGCGCAGGAUGACGACGGCUCUGCGAUGGCUGAGGUCUUCGUGUACAGCGACGACAGCAUGCUCUCUCUGCGGCGCGCCCUCUGCAGCUCGGCCAAGAUCCAGCACUUGGCGCUGAAGUUCGAGGGGCAGAUGGCCGCGAUGCACCACAGCCUCGAGGCGGCUGGGCUGGAGAACCACGCUGUGGUGCAGGUGGCGCCCGUCACCGAGGUGGGACUUGCUUCGGCCUCCUCGGAUGGCAUGGUCUUCUUCUGGGAUGCCCUCAGCGGCAAGUGCCUGGAGUCUCUGAGGGGCCACCAGGAGAGCGUCCUGUCUGUCGCCUUCUCGGCCUCCGGGAAGCUCCUCGGCACCACCAGCGCCGACUGCAGUGCGAAAGUCUGGGAGACGGCCACGGGCCGUUGCCUCACGACACUGCAAGGCCACGAGGACUGGGUUACGUGCUGCGGCUUCAAUCUCUCUGAGUCUUUGGCCGUUACCGCAAGCUUGGACUGCAGCGCCAGGAUAUGGGAGCUGGCCAGUGGCAGGUGCCUGCAGCUCCUUCCCGGCGGCGUCAGCCCGAUCUUCUGGGCGGCCUUUGCUCCGGAAGAGGAGGAAGUUGCCACUGCCAGUGCCGACAACAACGCCACGGUCUGGAGCGAAGGGCAGGUGCAGACGGUGCUUGAGGGCCACGAGGACAACGUGAUGUGCGUGAGCUGGUCGCCGGAUGGCCUGAGACUUCUCACCGCCUCGCAAGACCGCUCCGCGCGGCUCUGGGAGGCUGCUGCGGGCUCCUGCAUCCGCGAGUUCCAGGGGCACACGGACACCGUGCAGUCCGCCUUCUUCUCUGGCGACGGCCGCUUGGUGGUGACGGCUUCUCUAGAUCGCCUCGCGAAGAUCUGGGAGACCCAGACGGGUGACUGCCUGCGCACGCUGGCUGGCCACUCGGGCUCCGUCCUCUUUGCCGCUUUCUCCGCAGACGGCAGCUUCGUGGCCACCUGUUCGAGGGAUUCGACGUUGCGGACCUGGGACGUGAAGACGGGACGACACCUGCGGCUGCUCGAGGGCCACCGUGCCAAGGACUGGAGCGCCAAGAAUCCAAAGGGUGCCCAUCACACCCUGUUCCUCGUGCAGUUCUUGCAGCAACUGUCAUUUGCAGGAACCAUAGUUGAUUCAUACCAAAUCGGCAAGUUCUUUGAGACAUCACCUGCAUUUUCCGGCCUUUUGGUCGGCUUGUUCAUCACAGGCGGGGCUGUGGGCGCGUCUUGCAUGACGUUGAUCCUGCAGGCAAGGCCCAACGCAUGGAAGAGCUUUCGCAGCAUCGUGCUUGGCUGCCAGCUCAUGGACACUUGUGGAGUUUUGCUGUACACCCUGCUCAUGGUUCUGGCAGUGAAGGAGCAGACGGGCCCAUCAUGGAUCUAUUGCCUCGCGAUGGUACGAUUUGCUUGGGGCUUUGGGAGUGGUGUGACGGGACAACUGGCGGGGGUAACCAUCACGAAGGCGACUCCGCCACAUGAGAUACCUGAAGAGAUGCAGAGCUUGCAGUUUUGGCAAACCCUUGGCUUGGGAAUGGGGCCCUUCAUCGCAGGGCUUAUGAUUUUUGCCCAUGGUGUUCUCGGGGUCUCGCAUCUUUACAAACUGUGCGCAGCUCCAGCUGCCCUUGCCAGCCUUCAGGUCUUGUCCCUGCUCACUCUCUGGCAGCUGUGUCCCAGUUCUGUGGAAGAGUGGUCUUCUGACGGUGCGACAGGAGUGUCUUCAUGCCCUCAGAAGCACUCAGGAAGAAUCCAGCUGCUCUUCCUGAGCUCCUGCUUCCUCCUUUGCAGCCUCCGGGGCUAUGCCGUGGCUGGCGCUGAAGUCGGUACCGCCAUGCUGCUGGAAGAGUCCUACGAAUGGAAUCGGCAUUCCAUUGGCUUCUUGGUGAGCGGAGCUUUCUUGGCAAGCAUACCUCUCCGAUCGGCAUACCUCCGCAACAAGAGUUUGUUCAGCACAGUUUCAUGGAUACGAGUCCUGGCCUUGAUUGCUAUGGCUGGCACGCUGCUUCUAUUCUCCCGCAUGGCCGCAGUGAUGCCACAUGGGGUCGCUCUUGUUCUCGCUGAUGCCAUCAUGUUCCCUGCCUUGUACUUGGGAGAGGGGUUGACCAGGGGCUUGAUGUUGCAGUUCGCCAAAGACAGCACCGUGCUUUCAGCCAACCAAGCAUCGUUCUUGGCCAUUGUCCUGAACAACUGCGCUCGCACAGUGGCACCCUGGCUCUCGAGAAAGCACAUCUCCACCGGUGCCCCGUCCGAAGGGCAAGAUCUGUUUGCCACUGGGCAGCUACUUUGCUGCGGGUUGUUCCUCGCCAUAUUCGAAUUCGGGAUCCAGCAUGUGUCGGAGGCUCCAGUCAUUGUCAUCGGCCUACCGAGCUUAAACGAAGCUCACAACAUCGAGGCCGUGACCAAGGCGGUUGAUGCAGGCUGCCAUCGAUACUUCCCAAACCACCGUUGCAUACUGGUCAAUGCAGACUGCCAAAGCUCUGACGGCACGUCCGACAUCUUCGAAAGGACCCCGACGCAUUGCCAGAAAGUUGUGCUGAGGACUGCCCUGCCAGCGCAGGGCAAGGGUGCAGCGCUUCGGCUGGUGUUCGAGUACAUGCUUCAGGUGGAUGCCACGCAUGGGCUUACCUUGGACACGGAUGUGACGAGCAUCACGCCAGACUGGAUCAAGAGCUUCAGUGAAGCCUUGGCCUAUGACUUCGCCGCGCCUCGCUACGCCCGGCACCGCCUGGAUGGCUUCAUCACGAACCUCUUGAUCUACCCCACGGUCUGCUGCGUCUUCGGGAAAGACCUGCGCCAGGCCAUCGGAGGCGACUUCCUGUUCAGUCGGAGGGCCGCCGAGGCCUUCCUGGCGCAGCCGUGGCCCCCUUCCGUCGAGAAGUACGGCAUCGACAUCUUCAUGAGCACCACGGUGCUGAAGAAGAAGCUCUCCGUCUCAGAGGUGGAGCUGCCGGCGAAGGUCCACAGCCCAAGCCUGCCGAAGCUCAAGAGGAUGGUCCUGGAGGUUCUGGAGACGCUGCUGCAGCAGCUCCAGGGACAGAGCUUCUCGACACAACGUCUCCAGGCCCUACCUCGCAUCUGCACCGAGCUUCAGGAGCACCACAUCCCCGAGCUCCAGGUGGAUCCAUGCGUACUGGAGAAUCUGGCGGAGCAGUGCUUCCAGGAGAACAAGGAAAGCAUCCUCAAGUCCCUGGCGGCCCACUCCUUCUUGCAAGCCGCUUUAGCUCAGAGGAGCGUUGACAGCACUGCCUGGGCAAGCUUGCUGCAUUCUGCCCUCACGACGACGGCCGUAUCCUUGGAGACGCUGCAGCUGCUGCGCUGCUUCUUCUUCCUCCGUGCGGCCUCGCACUGCAGGGAGGCCUUGCACCUCUCCAAUCCACAGGCCGAGGAGCUGGUGAAGUCACAGAGGGAUCAGCUCGCCCGCCUGAAAGAAGCCGUGCCGGAAGCCGCGCCAUGA